AUGACUUUAGGGCAAUCCAACACCGAAGCUGCCAAGCAGAACCUGACUCCCGAUUUCUUCAAGUCUGAUGCAGACAAGGCUAAAGAGAAUGUCGAAAGUGGUGUAGGAGAUUUGACUGGUAAUGCCCACGGACACGAUGCAGGUCGACAAGGAACUUCCGACUCUUUGUCCAACGCAUUGACACCUUCUGGUGAGCAAAGUUUGGGUGAACAAGCUCAACAACAAUUAGACAAAGGCGCAUCCCACGUCCAACCAAACGAAACUAAAUCAACCACUCAACAAGCUAGAGAUUUCGUUACUCCAGGAAACGACUCUUCAGGAGCAGGAGGGAUCUUAAAUCAAGUUGGAGAAAGUAUUUCCAACGCAGCGGCUGGCGUUAAAAAUGCCGUUGCGGGUGGUAAUUCCGAGACCACUCAUUAG